UUUUUACAAAGUCUCAUUUUAUAACAACAAAUUUUCAUUAAAGUAAUGUAUGUAACUUACAUAUCUUAUUCUCUUCGUUUCAUCGAGGUAAGUACGACGUUAUAAUGAUCCUUCGCAAGUUAGUUGCCAUCGCAUUUCCUCGCUGAUUUGUACACACAUUGUGUGCUAUAAUUUUUCGUUUGGUUUUCUUAUGAAUUCCGAUGAUUUUCCUAUUUGUGCUUAAUGUGUCUAUAAUGCUAAGUUUACAUAGAUAUACAGUUGCUUCGGUUAUUUAGAACAAGAAAUUAUGUUAUAGGCUAGAAUAUCUUUUCUAUUUGGACUCACUGGAUGAUACUCUUGUCUUAUCGAAUUUUGUUUGUUCGAUCAGAUUUAACGUGGUUGUACUAGAUUUUUCUUUUUAACAUUAAAAAUGUUUUCCUUGUACUGAUCAGAAACAGUUUACAUUAUCAUUUAUAAAUAUUCACGUUCAGUGGAUUAACAAAAACAAAAAUGUUUGAUCACUUUGGGGGCACUAAUUUAAAAUGGAACUCUUAAACCUUGGAGAUCUGCACUAUGUCAAUGGAGAAAAUCCUGGAACCAUUAGUAUUAUGGUGACAAUGCUGGUCAAUACAAAAGGAUCCAACAAGAAGAACAAAGGUAAAACAAAAUGAGGUAUUGAUGUUACAGUUAUAGAGAGACACUACAAAUUUCAUCAAAUGACAAGAAUCCUGAAUUGCUGUUGAAAUACUUAGAAUAUGAAAUAUUAGAAGUAUAUGCACAUGAAGCCAAUAAUAAAUUUAAAAUGGCUAAACAUUUUAUUUACAUUUUUUAGUUAGCGAUCAAUAAUAAUAUCACACUGGAAAACAAAUUAACUGCUCUUACAUCAUUUUUUCCUAAAAAUAUUAAGUUAUGUUUAUAGAUAGUGUAUAUAUACAUGUAUUUAUGUAUUUGUCUUCUUUUUCAAAAAGGAAUAUGUACAUAAAUACGCAGUAUUUGGAGACGUUUAUUUUCCACAAAGUAAUACUUAAGGCAGUCAAAUCAUUAUCUAUUUUUAAAUUUAAAAAAUCAACAUUUUUGUAACUCACUGUAUUAAAAAUAUAUGUCUACGCUAUAAAAAGUUUUACUUAAUUAUUCAUCAAUCCACAAAUGUGGCUACUUGUUUUAUUUUUUUCUUGGAUUUGCGUGCGUUUAAAUGUCUCAGUCGAUACAUCUUUGCUUUCUCGCUGCAAGAUGUAAUAAACUUUCCAUCCUUUUUUUUAUUUGAUGUCACGUUUGAUGUUUGCCUGUUGACAUCCAUCUAAUCCUCACUAGUCCUCACUAGCAGUAAGAACUCAUAUUCGAAUUGAAAUUGUUUUUAGCUUUAAUUUGUAAUUUCGCGCUUGUUUUCGGUCGCGCGAUACGCAUGCGCAGCAUCACUUGACACAUACAAACAGAUGUAGGCGGCCCGCGGUUGUUAGGCUCGCAACGAGAGGCAAUUUAUUUGUUAAUGGUGUUGUCAUCAUGUAUUUAACCCGUCGUUACAAUAUUUAUAAUUAAUGGUAAUUGAUUUCUUUAUUUCAUAAUACACGUCCUUUCAAAGUCCCUAGAUUAAUUAAUACACAGAUUUCUCCAUAGUUCACAUAGACUUAUCUCGGGUCAGAAUUGUGUCACUGAAUGUGUCAGUCAGAAUCGUUUUGUAUAAACACCUCCAUGGUUGUGACUCGAAAGCGAUGAUUGCAAGUAAAAGAUAGUACUUACAUCAAAGGGUUGCAAGAUUAACCCAUUAAUCAUUACAGUACAGUGAUCUUGAGAGGAUUACUGCAUUGAAUAUAUAUAAAAAGAGAAAGAGAGAGAGAGAGAGAGAGAGAGUGAGAGGGAGAGAGAGAGAGAGAGAGAGAGAGAGAGAGGGAGAGAGAGAGAGAGACCAACAGAUAUUUGUCGUUAAAAGAUCAAGAGGGAUUAACUGUAGCUUUCAAAGCCACGACAAUGCCCGAUGAAUUGAAAAGCUUUCUGAAAAACUUGACAGUUGCGCUGCUUGCACUCACCUGUGGCUACUUGCAUCGGUAUCAUGUGUCGACUUUAUUUGAAAAUGAGAGGCACUUUUCACACUUGUCGGAUUUGGAGCGUGAGAUGUCAUUUCGCACAGAAAUGGGGUUGUAUUAUUCCUAUUUUAAAACAAUAGUUGAAUCUGAGACAUUUUUGGAUGGGAUGUACAAAAUACGCCAUGAUAAUCUGUCAGAGUAUCCAAAUAUUAUUAAUGCUGAAAGUAAAUAUAGCUUGGAACCUGAGGUUACACUUGGAGGGUUAUACCAUAUUGCAAAAUAUUUUAAUUUGCUGCCAAAACCAGUUUGUUGGCAGAUUGAAAGAGGGGAUGAUUUGUCAACAAUAACAAGCUGUGAAGGUUUUGGUGUGCCAGUUUAUUUUUACCUAGAAGGAGUAUGGUUCUUUUCUUUUUUUACUGGAUUUGUUAUGUUCAUGUAUGCCUAUAAGCUAAGCGAUUCUAUUGGAGGAGGAAUCAUUUCUGUUUCAUUGUUCUUUUUUAAUCAUACCGAAUGUACAAGGGUACAAUGGACCCCUCCACUACGAGAAAGUUUUGCAUAUCCUACACUCCUCUAUCAGAUGUAUCUAUUGACUUUUAUUUUGAAAAAGGAGAAAAAGAGAGAUCUAACGACACAAGUGGAUUUCAUAAUUCUGAUAGGCUUCUGCAUGAUGUCCUGGCAAUUUUCUCAAUUUGUAUUCAUAACUCAAACCAUAGCAAUGCUCAUUCUGAAAUGGUUGAGGAUAAUUGAGCGUGAUAUGUACUUAUUCUACUGCAAAGUUCAUUCAAUCUCAGUAACCUUGGCAUUUAUUGCUACAGGAAAUAUGUUCCUACUCAAUUCUUUACACCUGACACUUCUCUCUAUCAGUCUAUGUGCAAUAAUACUUAGUCAGCUACUAUCGUUUAUCUUUGAUCCUAAAACGACAACGUUAUUGGAAAUAAUACUAAUACUAGUUUGUACAAAAAUAUGGAAAAUGUCCUUCACCUACAGUUCCGACGAUGAGCAUAUCUUUAAUCUACUCAAAGCAAAAAUAUCAGGUUACAAAGAUUUCCACACAAUGUUGUACACCUGUGCUCCCGAAUUCGACUUUCUGAAAUACGAAACUUACGAGGCAAUAGUUGGCACGUUCUUAUUGCCAACUGCAAUUCUGGCGGGCUUUUUAAUUCUCUACUACUGGUAUAGAAAUCUCAAGAGUCAAGGCUAUCCAAAUUGUAUUGAACCUCACGUAGCGUACAAUGUACUUCAAACUGGAGCAUUUGUCAUCAUGGCAAUAUUCAUAAUGAGACUGAAACUCUUAAUGACUCCGAAUCUUUGUUUGAUGGCUGGAUUAGCGUGUAGUCCGCGAUAUUUGGCGAAGCUGGGGAUUAAAAAGUGGAUGACGCAGUGUACCUUAAUUGCCGUUCUUCUAUCGAUAAUGUCGUAUCAUGGGAUGCAACGAUUGCAGAAAGAACGAGGAUUCAUUGGCGAGUACAGUAACGUCCAUCAAGAAGAAUUGCUUGAAUGGAUUAAAGUAAAAACGCCAAAAAAUGCUGUUUUUGCUGGUAAAAUGUCUUUGAUGGCAAAUGUUAUGUUGUCGACUCAGCGACCGAUUGUUAAUAAUCCUUAUUAUGAAAGUAAAGAAAUGAGGGAUAGGACAAUGAAAGUAUAUGAAAUUUAUAGUAGAAAGCCUGUUUCCGAAAUUCACGAUACGUUACGAAAGUUGCAAGUUGACUAUGUUGUGAUAGAAAAUUGCAAUGAAUACGGGAUAUGGAAACCCGGUUGUAAGAUGUCUGAGCUGUGGGAUCUAGUCGACGAAGGUAAAAUGAAGAGUAAAGGCAUGGCGCCAGCGUGUUCUUUGCUCUUUUACGGCGCUGGCAUUCAUCCGUUUCGUCGAGUAUUUCAAAAUCACUCGUACGUUGUAUUGCAGCUCAACUAUACCAAGUACGUCGAGUACAAGCCAAAGAAUAUCUUAUACAGCGCGCGUUGAAUGUGAUUAUGUGCCUAUAUCUACGAAAACAAAAACUCUUGUUGUUAGAACAUUUUGAACAAAGUAUAUAAGUAUUUUUCUAUGAGAUAUUCAAUCGUCUAAACGUUGAAUUUCUAUAUUUUUGUUGAAUCGACUAGCUCUUGCAAGUCAGAACAGUUUUAGAUGCGAUAUUAUGUAUUUAAUAUUGAAUCAAACUAUAAGUGAUUGUUUAAGUUUCCUGUUGCGUGUGGGUUUGAUCUUUAUUUUAAUGCGACUGUAGAUCACUUGUUAGGCAGUUUAUGUUCUAGCAAUUAGUUGGCAUACACGCGACGUUUCAAGUAAUUGUAUCAUUUUAUUCAUACACAUGAAUGUUUCAGUAACUAUUGAUAAAUAUUAACUUUAAAUUUCAUCCUGACUAAUAUACAUAGCCGUAUCAUAAUUAUUCAAAAUUAUGCAGAUGUCAAUUAUUUUCUACUGCUAAUUAAGUAUUUUUUUAUAACGUUAAAUCUAUCGAAUGUUAAUAUAUCUUCGUCUGAAUUUCAUUAUAUUUUACUAAAAAGUAUCAGUAUUACGUUAAUUUUUUUCACGGAACAAACCAAGCCAUGUGUAACAAUCUACAUAAUGAUUCUUCUGUGCCAUCCAGCUGCUGAAAUCAUAAGUAUUAAAUAUAUUAUGAACUGUUAACUUUAUACAUAUAUUAUAAAAACCAAAACGGACUAUACGUAUCUACUCCAUAAAAAAAUAUUGUAUUUUAAAAACUGCCAAAUAAACUCGCGAA